AUGACUGCUAAAGUUCGUGUUGGAGCCGUUCAGGCUGAGCCAGUAUGGCUAGAUCUUGAUGGAAGUGUAGACAAGACUAUCUCUCUCAUUGAGAGCGCGGCCGCAGAUGGUGUCCAAGUGCUUGGGUUUCCCGAGGUUUGGAUCCCCGGAUAUCCGUGGUCUAUGUGGACAAAGAGCGUUAUCGAAAACACCCAUAUCAUCCACGACUACAUGAACAACUCGAUGCGUCGCGAUUCGGAUCAGAUGAAGCGUAUCCUUGCUGCCGUAAAGAAAGCGGGAAUGUUUGUGGUUCUAGGAUAUAGCGAAAGAGAUGGCGGGAGUCUUUACAUGGCCCAAUCUUUCAUCUCUCCGGAAGGUGAAAUUGUCCACCAUCGACGAAAGAUAAAGCCCACGCACAUUGAGCGAACAAUCUGGGGAGAUGGCCAAGCCGAGUCGCUUAAGUGUGUUGUACCGUCGAAGUUUGGCAAGAUUGGCGGCCUGAAUUGCUGGGAACAUUUGCAACCUCUGCUUCGUUACUACGAAUACUCGCAAGGAGUUCAAAUACAUAUUGCAAGUUGGCCUGCAGAAUUUGAGAUGCCAGAUCCUGCCAAAAUCGCCUGGCUAUACCACGAAACGGGAGAAGCGAGCUAUCGGGCUAGCCAAUUCAUGGCCAUAGAAGGCCAGUGCUUCGUUCUCGUCGCAUCCCAAAUCCUAACCGAGAAGAACGUGGAGAAAAAUAACCUUUCCGGCAACCCAGUUACUAAAACGCCCGGCGGUGGAUUCUCUAUGAUUUUCGGACCCGAUGGAAAGCCCCUCUGCGAGCCCAUUGGCGCCGGCGAAGAAAAAAUCCUAACAGCGGAUGUCAAUUUGCGGGACAUCGAUUACCCGAAGGCGUUCAUCGACGUUGUUGGUCAUUAUGCGAGACCAGAUCUGUUGAGCUUAUUGGUCAACCCCACCAAGGAUGAACAUGUAACAAAAAUGGCAAAAUGA